GCUGUUUGCGAUUAUACAGGAAAAAUGGUUUAAAUCGAUAAAACCUUCGCUUAAACUGAUGUUUUCGUGGAAAAAUUGAGUUUCCCACAUAUUAGCAGGUUUACCUAAUACGUAGAAAGCUGCUUUAAUGAAUUACUCUCGUAUUAUAACGUUAAAAACAAAUUAAAUAAAUUUUCCGUUCGUUUUGCAACAACAGUUUGUAUGUACCUACAUACAUACAUAUUAUGUAGUUUUACAAAAUACUUUUGAACUGUCCAAUAAUAAUAUGAACGACCGCUUGUUUACAUUUUGUAUUUGCGUUAAAAAGUCCAACCCAACAAUUUUUUUGCAAAAAUAAAUGGUUCCCGUAUAACUCUCAUUGAAGAGGGUUAUCACAGUACGAAUCCUUAUCACAAUUCCAUUCACGCGACUGAUGUAACUCAAGCAAUGCAUUGUUUUUUACAGGAGGAAAGGAUAAGGCGGUACGUUACCCCUUUAGAAAUUAUGGCGUCGUUGAUCGGUGCUGUCGCUCACGAUUUAGAUCAUCCCGGUGUAAAUCAACAUUUUCUCAUUUCCACUUCGAAUCACCUCGCUAUUUUGUACCAAAAUAAAUCUGUAUUGGAAAACCACCAUUGGAGGUCAGCGGUGGGAUGCCUGCUGGAAAGCGGCGUUGCAGAUCAAUUAAAACCUUACCGAAACGAGCUGGAGCAACAAAUUCGCGAUCUCAUUUUAGCCACUGAUAUUAAUCGACAGAACGAAUUUCUAACGAGGUUCAAAAAACACCUAGACGAAGGCACUUUGGAUUUGAGGCAGGCCGAACACCGGCAGUUCAUUAUGCAAAUAGCUUUGAAGUGCGCGGAUAUUUCGAAUCCCACCCGCCCUUGGGAUAUAUCCAGGAAAUGGAGCUUAAAAGUCUGCGACGAGUUUUUCAGACAGGGGGAGUUUGAGCGGAAACUUAAUCUUCCAGUUACUUCCAUAUGCGAUCAGCAAUCCACUUCUGUUGCCAAAAUUCAAGUCGGGUUUUUCAAAAACGUCGUGAAUCCGUUGUUCGCCGAAUGGCACAGGUUCAUGAAAAGCACUCUCUCGACGCACAUGAUGGGCAUUUUGGAGGAAAACAGGAGGAAAUGGGAAGCCCAAGAGAGGGCGGAAUUGGCCGAAGAAACGCAAACUGAAUUAUCCGAUGCAGAACCGGAGGUUAGCGACGAUGAAGAACAAGCAUCGACUAAAACCUCAGGAACCCAUAGCGUUCAAGAAUUCAUUUCACCUCCACCGAGGGAAAUAAGAAGACAAUCACUAGCUGUUCCCACUCUAGAGUCAUUAGGAGUAAGGAGACACUCCGUGCCCGUUAACAUGGAGCAAUCACUGCCAAGAACGAUUUACAGAAGAGAGAGCCUACCGACGGGUCGGGGCGUCCCGACGGGACGAUCGCCCGUUAGCCCACAGACUGAAUCAAGAGCUUCCAGCGGCCUUAGAGAGGAAGACGAACUAUUACGGUACGGCUCCCAAUCAGACGUUUCAUCAUGCAGCCCACUUCAUUCAUCAGAUGAUCAACCAGAGAGGCCUUUAAGCGCUGAAAAUUUAUUACCCGAGCCCAGCAUAGCUUCGAUGACGAGCAGCACGGCCGUGGGCAGGCUCACUUCUGUUUUGCACAGUAACAACGCCGUUCCGAGCAAAUGUCUCACGCGACAGCAGACGUUCCCACCGCCACAGCCCUACAUGAGAAUGAGGUACAUGUCCGCGACUGCGGAAAUGAGCACCUGUCCGGAAACCUCUCACGAAGGAGACAGUCGAUCGAACUCGUCGCACGGUUCGCACGAAAACAUAUCACAUUCGAUUAACAAUACGCCUCAAUACAUGAUUCCUGCCAUCGCGGUAUUGAGCCCGAACAACAGCCGGCCGCCGAACCUUCUUCUGCCCGAAGCGACGCUGCCGGCACCGGCGCAAAAGGCCACGCACGCCAACAACAAACGGGAAACGGAGGGUGUUGAGAAGGAGAAAACCGCCUGCAAGAUGGUAAAGCUGUCCGAACCGACGGGCCAGCGAUAUGAAAAGGAAAACGUGGAUCCUAGACGAUUAGCGGCAACGAGUUUAACAAGACGAAGAGGUUCAGCGCCAGUCUCGCUACCAUUAUCAAAACCCGAUGAAAAAUUACCUCCUGCUGGCGGGGGGUUGUUAUCCGAUACACAAUCCUUGCGAAGAGGAUCAGUGCCAAUUGAAAUUGCUCAUUACCAUUUCGUCGCUGACGAAACUCUCGAACAACCGUUGAUAACCCCCGUGGAGCAACCGAAGUCGUCGUUCGCGCAGUACCCGCGCAGGGGUUCCGCUCCCACGGACCUGCCGCCGAUGUUCGGCGGCGGCGGCGGCGAGCGUCGGGAACAGCUCACGAGACACACGAGUCUGAACGGGAAGGCGGGUCGCAGGAAAAAGCAGCUGAGACGCAGGAGUUCCGGCGGACCCGAAACGGUCCUCCUGCCCGAUUCGCAUUCCGAGAUGCUGUCUCGCUUUCUGCUACAACGGAGACCUGAAAAUCCCGACGCGCUGCUGGUUCGGCGAAGAGGAUCACUGCCUAUUGAAGUCCUGACUGUUGGGCAUUCUGCGGCCAAAUAUUUUCGUUCUAAAAUGAAAGUAACGUUUUGCACGGAUUUGGACAAAAGCGUGGUGGUGGCGAAUUGCGAGAAGCGCGGUUGGGUGCAGGUGAAUCCGGAUGACGAAUGGAACAUAUAUUGGGCGGGCACGUUGACCUGCAGGAGCCUGUUCAGCGUCGAUAGCGGGUACAGAAUGAACGAUAAUCAGAUAAUCAAUCACUUUCCGAAUCACUACGAAAUAUCGAGGAAGGAUUUGCUCGUUAAGAACAUCAAACGUUACAGAAGGGAUUUGGAGAAGGAGGGCAACAGUUUGGCGGAGAGAGGCGAUUCGAAGUAUCUGCAUUUGGACUUUAUACCGGUGACUUUUGUGCUACCUGCCGAUUAUAACAUGUUCGUGGAAGAAUACAGGAAAGCUCCGCAGAGCACGUGGAUCAUGAAACCUUGCGGAAGAUCGCAAGGAUCGGGCAUAUUCCUAAUCAACAAGCUAUCGAAGUUGAAACGUUGGUCCAGAGAAGCCAAAACUCCUUUCCAACAACAACUCACCAAAGAGAGCUACGUCAUAUCCAAAUACAUCGACAAUCCUCUGUUAAUCGGCGGUAAGAAAUUCGACUUGCGGCUCUACGUCUUGGUCACUUCCUUCAGACCGCUGAAGGCCUACCAAUUCCGGCUCGGUUUCUGCCGAUUUUGUACCGUAAAAUACGAUUCGAGCGUCGCCGAAUUGGACAACAUGUACGUGCAUUUGACCAACGUUUCCGUACAACGACACGGAGGCGAAUACAACGCCCUGCACGGCGGAAAAUUGAGCGUGCAAAACCUCCGAUUGCACCUGGAAAGCACGCGAGGCAAGCAAGUCACCGAGAAGCUCUUCGACCAAAUCAGCUGGUUGAUAAUACACUCGCUCAAAGCCAUCGCUCCCGUGAUCGCCACCGACAGGCAUUGCUUCGAAUGCUACGGUUACGACAUCAUCAUCGACAACAAACUGAAACCGUGGCUCAUCGAAGUCAACGCCUCGCCCUCGUUGACCUCCACCACGGUCAACGACAGGAUACUGAAGCACAAGCUGAUCGAUAACAUCUUCAACAUCGUCAUACCGCCAACCGGAAUGCCCGAUGUUAGGUGGAAUAAGAUCCCCUCGCCCAGAAGUCUCGGCGAUUUUGAAUUGCUCGUCGACGAAGAUCUCGUUAAUAUUAGUGAAAAUGGCGAUACGACCAAUAAAGGAAAAUACAAAUAA